AUGAGGAGCAUGGUUAAGGGAGGCGUGUGGAAGAACACCGAAGAUGAGGUCCUCAAGGCCGCCAUGAUGAAGUACGGUAAGAACCAAUGGGGUCGGAUCUCGUCUCUCAGCGUUCGCAAGUCAGCCAAACAAUGCAAAGCUCGCUGGAACGAGUGGCUCGACCCUUCUAUCAAGAAAACUGAAUGGACCAGAGAAGAAGAUGAGAAGCUUCUACAUCUUUCAAAGAUUCUCCCUACACAGUGGAGAACAAUCGCUCCUGCCGUGGGACGCACGCCAUCUCAGUGCCUUGAGAGGUACGAAAAGCUUCUUGAUGCAUCAUCAUGCAGUAAGGGUUAUGAAGCAGGGGGUGAUCCACGGAAGCUACGUCCUGGUGAGAUUGAUCCUAAUCCAGAGUCGAAGCCUGCUCGUCCUGAUCAAGUGGACAUGGAAGAUGAUGAGAUGGAGAUGCUUUCUGAAGCUAGGGCUAGAUUGGCUAACACUAGGGGGAAGAAGGCUAAAAGAAGAGCUAGAGAAAAGCAAAUUCAGGAAGCUAGAAGUCUUGCUUCUCUGCAGAAGAGGAGGGAACUAAAAGCAGCUGGGAUUGAUGAUGGGAAGCGUAGGAACAGGAAGGGAAAGGGGAUCGACUAUAGUGCAGAGAUUGCUUUCGAAAAGAGGGCACCUGCUGGAUUUUAUGACACUGCAGAUGAAGAUCGUCAUGCUGACAACCAUUGA